CCGCCCCCUCGUGGUGACAUCUCUGGGGAGGGGGCGAGGUGGAGAAGCUGGAGGGCUGGAGGGGAGCGACGCCGCCGCCGCUUGGAGCCCUGCGCGCAGCGGAGUGGGGAGGGGGACAAAGGGGCCACUCCCAGCCAGCCUGGCAGCCACCCCCGGCGGAGCCAGCGCAAACCCCCAUGCCCUAAGUUUGCUUCGUCUUUCCGUCCCGCUGCUCCUGGCCAGCUGGAGAUUGGGCCACCCAAUUCAGCCUGGGAAGAACCAUGCCUUUGGAGGAAGAUGAGCCCAGUUGGAAGAAACGAGCGGGAGAUAUCCGGGAGAUCUACGAAUUCCGGGAGGUGCUGGGAACCGGCGCCUUCUCCGAAGUGGUGCUGGCCGAAGAGAAGUCCACCCAGAAGCUGGUAGCCAUCAAGUGCAUUGCCAAGAAGGUGCUGGAGGGGAAGGAGACCAGCAUCGAGAACGAGAUUGCAGUGCUGCACAAAAUCAAGCACCCCAAUAUUGUGGCUUUGGAUGAUAUUUACGAGAGUGAUGGGCAUCUCUACCUCAUCAUGCAGCUGGUCUCAGGUGGGGAACUCUUUGACAGGAUUGUGGAGAAGGGAUUUUAUACGGAGCGAGACGCCAGCAAACUCAUCCGACAGAUCCUUGAUGCUGUCAAAUACCUGCAUGACAUGGGCAUCGUGCACCGUGACCUCAAGCCCGAGAACCUGCUCUAUUACAGUCUGGAUGAAGACUCCAAAAUCAUGAUCAGUGACUUUGGACUGUCCAAGAUUGAAGGCUCUGGCAGCGUCAUGGCCACGGCGUGUGGGACUCCUGGCUACGUGGCGCCUGAAGUGCUGGCACAGAAGCCUUACAGCAAGGCCGUCGACUGCUGGUCUAUUGGAGUCAUCGCCUACAUCUUACUAUGCGGCUACCCCCCUUUCUAUGACGAGAACGACACCAAGCUCUUUGAGCAAAUCCUGAAGGCCGAGUACGAAUUUGACUCUCCCUACUGGGAUGACAUAUCAGAAUCAGCCAAAGAUUUCAUCCGGCAUUUAAUGGAAAGGGACUCCAAGAAGCGCUUUACCUGUGAGCAGGCACUACAACAUCCGUGGAUUGCUGGAGACACAGCGUUGGACAAGAACAUCCAUCAGUCAGUUAGUGAGCAGAUCAAAAAGAAUUUUGCCAAGAGCAAGUGGAAGCAAGCCUUCAACGCAACCGCGGUGGUGAGGCAUAUGAGGAGGCUACAGCUGGGAACCAGCCAAGAUGGACCUGGUCAAGCCAUGCAGGAGAGCAACGGUUCCAGUAGCAGCGAGGAGUCCUUGGGGAAUGGCUCUCACCGUCAACCUGAAGCCUGAGCCUUCAUCAGGGGACAGAGGAACCAACAGCAGUGCCAGCACCUACCCCCAGCGGGGUGGGCCCAACUCCAAGCCCAACUCCACCAUGCUGCCACAAGCAGAGCCAGGGAAGGGUCUGGGACUGCCACGACACCCCUCCCUCCCAGCAAAGAGUGGCUGCACCCCGUGGCAGGGGAAUGGAAAGUUCCCCCUGUUAAGGAUAUCACCCUCCCAAACCUGGAGAUGGGAGCUGAUCCGCCAUACGCCACACGCUUUCGUGGAGAUGCUUCUCCCGUCCAUUCGUCCCACCACAAAUUGGCCCACCGCUGGCCCCCAGCCGACAGGACCUGCCUGAGCCCUGUGCUCACCCCUCAACCCAAGCCAAAAAUGAAACCCUUCUCCUUGCACUCCAUCAUGUGGUUGCCAAAGAAAGAAAGAAAACGCCCCAAAGUCCAUUCAGGCCCCUUCACAACACAGGUCCCGGUAGGGAUGCAGAUCCAUGGAUCUGGAAGACACCCAAAAAGGAAAGGCGAGAAAAUCCACCCCACCUCCCAACUGACUCACGCAGUCCAGACCAAAGCGGAGACCAGCAGCAUAGUAUGAAGAGUUCCACGGGGCCAGCCCUUCCAGGUGGAAUGUCACAUGCCUAGCCGGGGGAGAGGAGGCCGCUUUGUUUAUUGGGGGAGCAGCUGUUCUGUCUUGCAGCAAGGGCUCGAUCUGGGGAAGGGUGUGUGCAUUUCUGCCUCCACCUAACAGAAAUGGAAGUAGGCAGAAGGGGCAUCGCUUUGGUAGAGCCCAGCUGUACCUCUGCUUGAUGGUAUUUGGCUGCCUGUGGGUGAAAACUGGUAAUUGUUAAGACUGGCAGUAUGCUAGCAUUAUCUACUCCCUCCAAACAAGUGAACUCUAGAACCAGUUCUGCAGAUUUUCAGUGUGGUUUGGGUUGAACCGGAUUAUGGUAGGCACCUAUUGGCUGGUGCCCAUAACAUCACCCCAACACCUCCCACCCCAACACACAGUUUUGCAGCUGUUUUUAAAAUGUUUUGUGGAUUUUAU